AUGUGGAUGAAAGUAUUUGUGAUAACAUUUUUGGUGCUACAAACUUUUGUGAUAGCGGAAAGAGAACAUCCCCGACGUCCUAUCUCACCAGACUAUAAACCUUACAAAGAAGAGUUAAGUAGCGAAUAUUGGAAUAAGAAGGCAGAGAACAUAUUAAAGGAUAAAUUAAAAUUAACUUCAAAAGAGAGUAAAAGAAAAGCAAAAAAUGUUAUUCUUUUUCUGGGUGAUGGUAUGUCGAUACACACGGUGACAGCAACGAGAAAUUUUUUGGGUGAUAGUUCACAACAAGUAUACUUCGAAACGUUUCCCUACAUUGGACUUUCGAAAACUUAUUCUAUUGAUAAAAGAGUGCCAGACUCCGCUUCGACUGCAACUGCUUACCUGACUGGUGUCAAGGGCAACUACGGAACAAUAGGUGUAACUGCGCAAGUGCAACGGCGGAACUGUUUCCAAGCCAAUGAUACAAGUACACAUACCGAAAGCAUUGCUAAAUGGGCACAAGAUGCUGAAAAAUGGACAGGCUUAGUGACAACAGCAAGAGUAACACAUGCCUCUCCUGCUGGUCUAUAUGCGCACACAGCUAAUCGAGAUUGGGAAAACGACGCUGCUGUGAGGGCUAAUGGCUGUAAUAAUGAAGUUAAUACAGAUAUUGCACGGCAACUUCUAGAGUGGCCCGUUGGACGAAAAAUGAGAGUUAUUUUAGGUGGUGGUAGACGUAAUUUUCUUAAUGAGACUAAAUUUGAUGAGUCAGGCGAACCAGGACGGCGUACCGAUGGAAGAGAUCUUGCUUUGGAAUGGUUAGAAAAUAAAAGACGCCGAAAGUAUAAUGCACAUUAUGUUUGGUCAAAAAGUAAUCUAACCGAUGCUAGUAAAAAUUCUAAAACAGAUUAUCUACUUGGUUUAUUUAGUUCGUCACAUUGUCCUUAUCAUGGUGAUUUGAAACGCAAUAAUUUGGAAGAACGCAUUCCGUCACUCACUGAAAUGACAGAAGUAGCUAUAAAAUUGUUACGCAGAAAUAAAAAAGGAUUUUUUCUAUUUGUGGAAGGUGCUAAAAUAGAUAUGGCUCAUCACGAUACCAGAGCACAAAAAUCUCUUGAGGACACUGCCGAAUUUGCACGAGCGGUACAGUUGGCCAGAAAUAUGACAAGUAUAAGCGAUACCUUAAUCGUUGUUACUUCUGAUCAUUCGCACACAAUGACUAUUAAUGGCUUUCCGUACCGCAAACAAAACAUAUUUGGGCUUGCUCCCAAUAACGCUGCAGACGGCCUACCUUACACGAUAUUGUCUUAUGCAAAUGGACCUGGUUACUCAAAAACUUAUUCGUCAAAAACUGGCAGACGAAAUUUACGUUAUGCUGAUUUUACUGAUCCAAAAUAUAAAUAUAUGGCCACUGUACCAUUGUCCUCGGAAACGCAUGGCGGUGAUGACGUUGGUGUGUUUGCUUCGGGUCCAUAUGAACACUACUUUACAGGCAACUAUGAACAGACGCAAAUACCUGCUCUUAUGGCACAUGCAGCUAAUAUAGGUCCUUUUGCAAAGCGGAAAAUAUAA